AUAUUUUGUGCUAGAGGCAAAUGAAAGAGGAGGCACCGAUUGCAACUGGAGAACCGUAAGUGGCCACAGGAAAUGUUUGCUAUCCUGAUCUUAAAAUUAUAGGCCCUUGCGGGAGUGUUGCUGCCUCUUAGUACCUCCUUAUGGGGCCAAACCAGCCCCCUGUCAGCAGCUGACCCUCCCCGCCCUGGGUGCUCGUGCCGACAGCUGUGAACCCACCCAUGUAGCCCUCUUUAGAAGGUGAGUCACCCAGCUGCUGGGAGUGCCCAUCUACACAGCUCCGGGAAAGCGGUGUAGCAAUAGGUACUAGGACCUAAAAAAAGGCACGUCCUUUUCCAAGGCUCGGAAUCCAAUCUGAGGAACUAGCAGAGGGGGACUGAAAUGGGUUUCUAUCCCAGUUUUUAUAUAAAAAGUUAUUUCUCACUAAUACGAUAGUGAGAAGCUGGAAAGAGCCUAAAUGUGUAAUGAUCAGAGAAAGCUUUGUGAAUCUAGUACAUUCAUAUGAUGGAAAAUUAUGUAGCUGUUGAAAAAAUGUUUAUGAAGAAUGUUUAACAAUGCAAAAAAUGGUACAUGAAAUAGGACAAGGUCUCAGAUAUAUGAUAAAUACUGUAAUUAACAUGCAUAUAUACAUACAUUCACAGGGAAAAGUCUGGCUUGAUAAAUAUCCAAAUGCAAAUUCUAUUUUUUCCUAGACUCAGAGAUUUCUUUCUUAUGGGCUUUUUGUUUCAAAAGUAACAGCUGUUGCUUUUACAAUCAUAAAAGAGGGGCGAAAUUUUAAAGGCGGGCGGCCCUUCUUGUCAAUGAAAUUCCUCAGGCCGCGCUUCUCUUGGGGAAGGCGCCUGCCGAGCGCCUGCUCCUCCGCCUGUCCCCGGGAUGUCGCUUCCUCCCCAGGGCGGUCCCGCUGGCUCGGCGGGAUUGUGCUGGAAUCCCUCGGCGGGAGGAGGCGAGGAGCUUGCUCCGCUCAAGGCUGGAGGUGGAAGGUCAGGGGCGGGGCCGAGCCUCACUGCAGUUCUGGAGAGGAAUCUGGACUGUGAGGGGCACCCGGAGCUCUGGUCUAGCCCCGGGCCAUCGCGGCCGCCGCCCAGUUCGCUGUUCCACCGCCAGGUGCAAAAUGCCUUGUCAUUGGGAGAGUCUGCGGCCCGAGCAUUGAAUUACAGCUCAGCCGAGCCUGGGUAGGGUGGCGAAGGUGGAAGAUGAGCAGAAGCCCCUGUUCUCCGAGGGCGCGCUGACCAGCCUGGUAAGCGCAGCGGGGCGGAGACCGAAGGUAGCCCCCUGGAGCCGCCCAGGGUUGGCCAGUUCUCCUUGAGAGUAGCAGAUCUGAGAAGGGAGCCAGUGAUCUGAACCCGCCUCCCUCUGCCAGCCGUCUCUCUCUCUCGUGAGGGGACCCAAGAGCUGCAACUCCGCCAGCCGCGACCUUACCCAGCCCUCUCCACGGCCUUGGGCGCGCAGGGCCCUGACUCGCGCCAGUCAUGCUGAGGGUCUUCAUUCUUUAUGCCGAGAACGUCCACACCCCAGACACGGACAUCAGCGAUGCCUACUGCUCCGCAGUGUUUGCAGGGGUGAAGAAGAGAACCAAGGUCAUCAAGAACAAUGUGAACCCUGUGUGGAAUGAGGGCUUUGAGUGGGAUCUCAAGGGCAUCCCUCUGGACCAGAGCUCUGAGCUUCAUGUGGUGGUCAAAGACCAUGAGACGAUGGGAAGGAACAGGUUCCUGGGGGAAGCCAAGAUCCCACUGCGGGAGGUCCUUGCCACUCCUAGUCUGUCUGCCAGCUUCAAUGCCCCCCUGCUGGACUCCAAGAAGCAGCCUACAGGGGCCUCGCUGGUCCUGCAGGUGUCGUACACGCCGCUCCCUGGAGCCGUGCCCCUCUUCCCACCCACCACUCCUCUGGAACCCUCCCCGACUCUGCCUGACCAGGAUAUGAUGGCAGGUGGGAGACAGAGCCGGGCCGAGACUUGGUCCCUGCUCAGUGACAACACUGUGGACACCAGAUACUCUGGACAGAAGUGGCUGGCCCCCACGGACACAGGAGGAGAGGAGGACACCGAGGACCAGGGGCUCACGGGAGAUGAGGCAGAGCCAUUCCUGGAUCAGAGUGGUGUUCCAGGCCCUGGGGCUCCUACCACUCCGAAAAAGCCAGUGUCCCACCCUCCCCCAUACCACCCUGGGACGAAGAGGAAGAGAAGCACACCCACACCCAGAAAGGUGCUGUCGGACAAGCCGCAGGACUUUCAGAUCAGGGUCCAGGUGAUCGAGGGGCGCCAGCUGCCAGGGGUGAACAUCAAGCCUGUGGUCAAGGUCACUGCUGCGGGACAGACCAAGCGGACUCGGAUCCACAAGGGAAACAGCCCACUCUUCAACGAGACUCUUUUCUUCAACGUGUUUGACUCUCCGUCGGAGCUGUUUGACGAGCCCAUAUUUAUCACGGUGGUAGACUCCCGUUCCCUCAGGACGGACGCUCUCAUCGGGGAGUUCCGGAUGGAUGUGGGCACCAUCUACAGAGAGCCCCGACAUGCCUAUCUCAGGAAGUGGUUGCUGCUCUCAGACCCUGACGAUUUCUCUGCUGGGGCCAGGGGCUACCUGAAAGCAAGCCUUUGUGUGCUGGGGCCUGGAGAUGAAGCGCCGCCGGAGAGGAAGGACCCCUCUGAAGACAAGGAGGACAUCGAAAGCAACCUGCUCCGGCCCACCGGCGUGGCUCUUCGAGGAGCACACUUCUGUCUGAGGGUCUUCAGGGCCGAGGACUUACCGCAGAUGGACGACGCCGUGAUGGACAACGUGAAGCAGCUCUUUGGCUUUGACAGUAACAGGAAGAACUUGGUGGAUCCCUUCGUGGAGGUCAGCUUUGCGGGGAAAAUGCUCUGCAGCAAAAUCCUGGAGAAGACGGCCAACCCUCAGUGGAACCAGAGCAUCACGCUGCCUGCCAUGUUUCCCUCCAUGUGUGAGAAAAUGAGGAUUCGUAUCAUGGACUGGGACCGCCUUACCCACAAUGACAUCGUGGCCACCACCUACCUGAGUAUGUCAAAAAUCUCUGCCCCAGGAGGAGAAAUAGAAGUGGACGACCAUCUGGGCUUCCUGCCCACCUUUGGGCCCUGCUAUGUCAACCUCUACGGCAGUCCCAGGGAGUUCACCGGCUUCCCGGACCCUUAUGCAGAGCUCAACAUGGGCAAGGGGGAAGGUGUGGCCUACCGAGGCCGGGUUCUGCUAUCCCUGGAGACCAAGCUGGUGGAACACAGUGAGCAGAAGGUGGAGGAUCUCCUGGCAGAUGACAUUCUCCGGGUGGAGAAGUACCUCCGGAGGCGCAAAUAUUCCCUCUUCGCUGCCUUCUACUCGGCCUCCAUGCUGCAGGAUGUCGACGAUGCCAUUCAGUUCGAGGUCAGCAUUGGGAACUACGGCAACAAGUUCGACACGACCUGCCUGCCACUGGCCUCCACCACCCAGUACAGCCGGGCAGUCUUUGAUGGGUGCCACUACUACUACCUGCCCUGGGGCAACGUGAAGCCUGUGGUGGUGCUGUCCUCGUACUGGGAGGACAUCAGCCACAGAGUUGAGGCUCAGAACCAGCUGCUCGGGAUCGCUGACCGGCUGGAAGCCGGCCUGGAGCAAGUCCACCUGGCCCUGAAGGCCCAGGGCUCUUCAGCCGAGGACGCGGCUGCCCUGGCGGCUCAGCUGAUGGAUGAGCUCAUCGCAGACUGCAGCCAGCCCCUGCGCAAUGUCCAAGAGACGCCCUCUGCCACCUAUCUGGACCAGUACCUGUAUAAGCUGCGUACCCGUCACCUGACUCAGAUCACCGAGGCAGCCUUGGCCCUGAAGCUUGGCCACUGUGAGCUCCCUGCCACCUUGGAGCAGGCCGAGGACUGGCUCCUGCGUCUCCGUGCCCUGGCGGAUGAGCCACAGAACAGUCUGCCCGACAUCGUGAUCUGGAUGCUGCAGGGAGACAAGCGAGUGGCGUACCAGCGGGUGCCUGCCCACGAGGUCCUCUUCUCCCGGCGGGGCGCCAGCUACUGUGGCAAGAAUUGCGGGAAGCUGCAGACGAUCUUUCUGAAAUAUCCAAUGGAGGCUGUGCCCAGAGCCCGGAUGCCAGUACAGAUACGCGUGAAGCUCUGGUUCGGGCUCUCUGUGGAUGAGAAGGAGUUCAACCAGUUUGCCGAGGGCAAGCUCUCCGUCUUCGCCGAAACUUAUGAGAACCAGACCAAGCUGGCCCUGGUUGGGAACUGGGGCACCACGGGCCUUACCUACCCCAAGUUUUCUGAUGUCACGGGCAAGAUCAAGCUCCCCAAGGACAGCUUCCGCCCCUCGGCUGGCUGGGCCUGGGCCGGCGAUUGGUUCGUGUGUCCAGAGAAGACCCUGCUCCAUGACACUGAUGCGGGCCACCUGAGCUUCGUUGAGGAGGUGUUUGAGAAUCAGACCCGGCUCCCCGGAGGCCAGUGGAUCUACAUGAGUGACAACUACACGGAUGUGAACGGGGAGAAGGUACUUCCCAAGGAUGACAUUGAGUGCCCACUGGGCUGGAAGUGGGAAGAUGAAGAGUGGUCCACGGAUCUCAAUCGGGCCGUGGACGAGCAAGGCUGGGAGUACAGCAUCACCAUCCCCCCGGAUCGGAAGCCGAGGCACUGGGUCCCAGCUGAGAAGAUGUACUACACACAUCGUCGGCGGCGCUGGGUCCGCCUACGCAGAAGGGACCUCAGCCAGAUGGAGGCGCUGAAGAGGCACAGGCAGGCGGAGGCAGAGGGUGAGGGCUGGGAGUACGCCUCGCUGUUUGGCUGGAAGUUUCACCUGGAGUACCGCAAGACGGAUGCCUUCCGUCGCCGCCGCUGGCGCCGGCGCAUGGAGCCGCUGGAGAAGACGGGAGCUGCAGCUGUGUUUGCCCUUGAGGGGGCCCUGGGUGGUGUGGUGGAUGACAGGAGUGAGGAUUCUGUGUCCGUCUCCACCUUGAGCUUUGGCGUGAACAGACCCACGAUUUCCUGCAUCUUCGACUAUGGGAACCGCUACCAUCUACGCUGCUACGUGUACCAGGCCCGGGACCUGCCUGCGAUGGACAAGGACUCUUUUUCUGAUCCCUAUGCAAUCGUCUCCUUCCUGCACCAGAGCCAGAAAACAGUUGUGGUGAAGAACACCUUGAACCCCACCUGGGACCAGACGCUGAUCUUCUAUGAGAUUGAGAUCUUUGGCGAGCUGGCCAGCAUCGCUGAGCAGCCACCCAGUAUUGUGGUGGAGCUUUAUGACCACGACACCUAUGGUGCAGAUGAGUUUAUGGGACGCUGCAUCUGUCUGCCGAGUCUGGACCGGAUGCCCCGGCUAUCCUGGUUCCCCCUGACUAGGGGAAGCCAACCAGCAGGUGAACUGCUGGCCUCUUUUGAGCUCAUCCAGAGGGAAAAGCCGGCCAUCCACCAUAUUCCUGGUUUUGAGGUACAGGAUACAUCACGGAUCCUGGAAGAGUCGGAUGACACAGACCUGCCCUACCCACCACCCCAGAGGGAGGCCAACAUCUACAUGGUCCCCCAGAACAUCAAGCCAGUUCUCCAGCGCACUGCCAUCGAGAUCCUGGCGUGGGGCCUGCGGAACAUGAAGAGUUACCAGCUGGCCAGUGUCUCCUCCCCCAGCCUCAUGGUGGAGUGCGGGGGUGAGAUGGUACAAUCUUGUGUCAUCAAGAACCUCCGGAAGAACCCCAACUUUGACAUCUGCACCCUCUUCAUGGAAGUGAUGCUGCCCAGGGAGCAGCUCUACUGUCCCCCUAUUGUGGUCAAGGUCAUUGAUAACCGCCAGUUUGGCCGCCGGCCUGUGGUGGGCCAGUGUACCAUCCGCUCCCUGGAGAGCUUCCUGUGUGAUCCCUACUCAGAGGAGAGUCCAUCCCCACAGGGUGGCCCAGAUGAUGUGAGCUUACUCAGUCCCGGAGAGGAUGUGCUCAUUGACAUUGAUGACAAGGAGCCCCUCAUCCCCCUCCAGCUUGCAGAUGGUCUGUCGGGUUCGGCCCCCACUAACAUGACAUCUUCUCCAUCCAGUCCUCAUGAGGAGGAGUUCAUUGAUUGGUGGAGCAAAUUCUUUGCCUCGAUAGGGGAGAGAGAAAAGUGUGGCUCCUACUUGGAGAAGGACUUUGACACUCUAAAGGUCUAUGACACAGAACUGGAGAAUGUGGAGGCCUUUGAGGGCCUGUCUGACUUUUGUAACACCUUCAAGCUCUACCGGGGCAAGACUCAGGAGGAGAUGGAGGACCCAUCUGUCAUUGGGGAAUUUAAGGGCCUUUUCAAAAUUUAUCCCCUCCCAGAAGACCCGGCCAUUCCUGUGCCCCCAAGACAGUUCCACCAGCUGGCCGCCCAGGGGCCUCAGGAGUGCCUGGUCCGCAUCUAUAUCAUACGAGCAUUCGGCCUGCAGCCCAAGGACCCCAAUGGGAAGUGUGAUCCCUACAUCAAGAUUUCCAUAGGGAAGAAAUCGGUGAGCGACCAGGAUAACUACAUCCCCUGCACUCUGGAGCCUGUGUUUGGAAAGAUGUUCGAGCUGACCUGCACUCUGCCUCUGGAGAAGGACCUGAAGAUCACUCUCUAUGACUAUGACCUCCUUUCCAAGGACGAAAAGAUCGGAGAGACGGUUGUCGACCUGGAGAACAGGCUGCUGUCCAAGUUUGGAGCUCGUUGUGGGCUCCCACAGACCUACUGUGUCUCUGGACCGAACCAGUGGAGGGACCAGCUCCGCCCCUCCCAGCUCCUCCACCUCUUCUGCCAGCAGCACCGAGUCAAAGCCCCCAUGUACCAGACGGGCCGUGUGAUGUUUCAGGAUAAAGAAUAUACCAUUGAAGAAAUAGAGGCUGGCAGGGUCCCAAACCCACACCUGGGCCCAGUGGAGGAGCGUCUGGCUUUGCACAUUCUCCAGCAGCAGGGCCUGGUCCCAGAGCAUGUGGAGUCUCGGCCUCUCUAUAGCCCCCUCCAGCCAGACAUCGAGCAGGGGAAGCUGCAGAUGUGGAUCGACUUGUUUCCAAAGGCCCUGGGGCAACCUGGACCUGCCUUCAACAUUACCCCACGGAGAGCCAGAAGGUUUUUCCUGCGUUGUAUUAUCUGGAACACCAAGGACGUGAUCCUGGAUGACCUCAGCAUCACGGGGGAAAAGAUGAGCGACAUUUAUGUAAAAGGUUGGAUGGUUGGCUUUGAAGAACACAAGCAGAAGACAGAUGUGCAUUAUCGGUCUCUGGGAGGCGAAGGCAACUUUAACUGGAGGUUCAUUUUCCCCUUCAACUACCUGCCAGCUGAGCAAGUCUGUCUCAUUGCCAAGAAGGAUGCUUUCUGGAGGCUGGACAAGACUGAGAGCAAAAUCCCAGCGCGUGUGAUCUUCCAGAUCUGGGACAAUGACAAGUUCUCCUUCGACGACUUUCUGGGUGCCUUGCAGCUGGACCUCAACCGCAUGCCCAAGCCUGCCAAGACAGCUGAGAAGUGCUCCCUGGACCUUCUGGAUGACACUUUCCACCCGGAGUGGUUUGUGUCCCUUUUCGAACAGAAAACAGUGAAGGGCUGGUGGCCCUGUGUGGCAGAGGAGGGCGAGAAGAAGAUACUAGCGGGCAAGCUAGAGAUGACCUUGGAGAUUGUAGCAGAGAGUGAGCAUGAGGAGCGGCCUGCUGGCCAGGGCCGGGAUGAGCCCAACAUGAACCCCAAACUCGAGGACCCAAGGCGCCCUGACACCUCCUUCCUCUGGUUCACCUCCCCGUACAAGACUAUGAAGUUCAUCCUGUGGCGGAGGUUCCGGUGCACCAUCAUCCUCUUCAUCAUUCUCUUCAUCCUGCUGCUGUUCUUGGGCAUCUUUGUGUAUGCCUUCCCGAACUAUGCUGCCAUGAAGCUGGUGAAACCCUUCAGCUGAGGACUCUCUGGUCCAGGACUGGCUGUUUCCUCGGCCCAGCUCAGCUGAGUUCCUCCAGACCUUCAGGCCUGACCGUCCCACCAGGGUGGCAGACAGACAGGCAGACUGGCACAUGCUCCGAGAGUUGGUGACAUCGAACGCUGGGAUCACCACUUUCAUCGUUUCUUUCCCCCCCAGUCCAGCUCUUUUUGCAUCAGCCCAUGUGUAUUUCGGUAUAAAACAGUUGGAACCACAAA